AAGCACGGACUGUAAAUGGUCGAUAUAAAGCUUCCCCUGCCCCCUUCCUUAUUCAAGCCUAGACUCAAAGCUUCGACAUUUCAUAACACAAUCUUAGAGCCAACUCUCUCUCUCUCUCUCUCUCAGAGAGAGCUCUCACAAUAUUUAUUGAGAGAAGCCAUCACAUGUAUAGACCCAUCUAGCUGCUCGACACUUCGAACAGUAUCGACCUCGCUUCCUCUCUGCCGUCCGCCCACUGCUCUGUAUAGCGAGUGCUCAAACCCGAGAAGCAUUCUCUUCGAACCCGUUGGAUGAUAUUCCACAGUCGAGAGUUUUGUGAGUGCUCAACCCAUUGGGACUAAUUCCGGAGUCCAAGAGUUUUGUGAGUGCCUUAAAGAAAGAAAGAGACAGAAACGAGUUUGACCAUGAAGAUCCAAUGUGAUGUGUGCAACAAAGAAGAGGCUGCUGUAUUUUGCUCAGCAGAUGAAGCUGCUCUUUGCGAUGGCUGCGAUCGGCGUGUCCACAAUGCGAACAAGCUCGUGAGCCAGCACAAGCGUCACUCCCUACGCCGCCACACCUUCCAAGAUUUUCCUCUGUGUGAUAUUUGCCAGCGUGGUUGGAUUUUCUGCAAAGAAGACAGAGCAAUUCUUUGCAGAGAGUGCGACCUUCCCAUACACAAGUCCAAUGAGCACAUGCAGAAGCACAGCAGAUUCCUUCUCACCGGAGUGAAAAUCUCCGGUUCUUCCUCAACGCACCGCGCUCCCUCCUCGUCAUCGACUGCCCUUGACACAUCCAUCAGUACCCGAACUAAGGAACCGCCGUCUUCACUGAAAAAUGAAAAUGGACAAUCAGCAGAGUUUUUAAAUUCUUCAAAUGCUCGCCAAGACGAUACUCAUAUCAUCGACACCAGCUCAUUCUCAACAAACAGCAUAUCGGAGUACUUCACCGAGAUGCUGCCUGGUUGGCGGGUAGAUGAUUUCCUCGAUUCUCCAUCAGCUCCCAUUGAUAGUUACUACAGAGGAUAGUGAUCACGGAAACAUUACUAGCAGAGACGCGCGUCGGAUACUCGACGUUUUGGCUCAGUCCGUAUAUCUUCCUCUUUCCCAAUCUGAGUGUGAUUUACUCACCGGCAUGAAUGCUUCCGAGAAGGAUGACAGCACACAAAAUCAUAAGAUAGAGAGUGAAGUUUAUGCAGUUCCAGAUGUCAGUUCUAAACCUCUCAAGAAGUCCCGGCAUGUUUGUUGUGGCUUUUGAAUGUUCUAAUCUGAUUGCUCAAGAUUUCUCAUGCAUCUUGACAAACAAUUGUCUUUUU